CAAUCUCCCAAUGGUCUUCUAGCUCUCGUCAGUUCGCCACAGCAGCUCGAGGAAAGCUUCCUGCUAGCUAGCUCUGCAUCCGUCCGGUGCAAGGAAGAAGAGAAAGCUUUGUGCAUUCGAUUCGAGGAUGUUGGCCAUCUUCCAGAAGCAAGUGGCGCACGCGCCCCAGGAGCUCAACAGCCCCCGGAGCGGCGCCGCCAAGCCCAAGAACCCCGACCAGAUCCUGCGCGACUUCCACGCAGCACACCCCGAAGACGCAUUCUCCACAUCCUUCGGCGGCGGCGCCGCCCUCGCCUGCGUCGCCGCGCAGCCACGCUCCCUCUCCGGCUACCAGAGGAUGUUCUGCGGGCUGGACGACAUCUACUGCGUCUUCAUGGGCACCCUGAACAACCUGAGCAGCCUGAUGCGGCAGUACGGCCUGACGGGCCGCUCCACGAACGAGGCGCUCCUGGUCAUCGAGGCCUACCGCACCCUCCGCGACCGGGGCCCCUACCCGGCCGACCAGGUCGUCAAGGACCUCUCCGGCUCCUUCGCCUUCGUCGUCUUCGACAGCCGCAGGUCCGGCGCCGUCUUCGCCGCGCGGAGCACCGACGGCGGCGUGCCGCUCCACUGGGGCGUGGCCGCCGACGGCUCCGUGGUCAUCUGCGACGACCGCGCCGCCGUCAAGGCCGGCUGCGGGAAGUCGCACGCGCCGUUCCCGGCCGGGUGCAUGUUCCACAGCGAGGGCGGGCUCAAGAGCUUCGAGCACCCCAUGAACCGGAUCAAGGCCAUGCCCCGCGUCGACAGCGAGGGCGUAAUGUGCGGCGCCAACUUCAGGGUCGACGCCUUCACCAAGAUCAACUCCAUGCCGCGGGUCGGGAGCGCCACCAACUGGGCCGCCACAUGGGACGACGCCGCAAUCUGAAUUUGGUCUUACACUUCUUUUCCUUGUUUUUUUCUUUUAGCUUGGCAGUGUACAUCGGACGGUUGGGCCUGCGGACUGACUCGCCCGUGUGUUUGAUACGGUGAAGGAAUAAAAGACAUAUACUAGUCGAUCCGGACGUUUGGAACCCGCUA